CAGCCCACAUCUGUUAGCAAUAUCCUAUGUGGCAGGCCCAUUUAGCUAUUGAGAUAGAAAAGCACCAGCUCCAACCCUAGUCUGUAACUAAUAAUUUUUUUACAUAACCCAUCUGCUUAUCUAUAUAUGUCAAACGCGUACAGAUCUGUAAGAGCAUUCCACCUCAUCUCCCUCCACUGCCAAUUCUCUCCCGCCCCUUUUUCCCUCCAAUUGCAAUACCCUAAACUAUUUUCCCCCCAAUUUACCUGAUUAUCUUUCUCUAGCCCAGAAGCCAAAACCAUAGUUGAUCUCAUUUUUUUCAAGGUCAUGGAGGCAACUUUUAUAGAUUUACUUAACAACGGGACAUAUGAUGUUGAAGAAAUAUUUUCUCAAUCAUGUCAGCAACAAGAGCAAUCAAGCCGCCAACAAGAGCAAGUGAAGCCCAAGAAAGGCCGUCGAUCAAAAAAUUUUACUAUGGAAGAGGAUAUGCUACUCAUAUCUGCUUGGUUAAAUGUCAGUUUGGAUCCAGUGCAAGGUACAAAUCAAACGCAACUAACCUAUUGGAAUAGGAUCGGGAACUAUUUUGAUGAGCACAAAAAUUUUUCAAGUGAUCGUACUCCAACUUCUUUGUGUAACCGGUGGUGUGCGAUUCAAACAUUGGUUAGUAAAUUUAUUGGGUACUAUAAUCAGAUCAACGGAAGGAAUCAAAGCGGCGUGACUGAACAAGACAAGGUUGGACAAGCAAUGCAGAUGUAUGAGACUAUGAUGAAAGUUCCAUUUCCUUUUAUGCGUUGCUGGAUGGAGUUGCGAAAUUCACCAAAAUUUGCAUCAAAUAUUACCAAAAAAAGCAAGGCAGCUACAAAGGAUAAUCAUUCAUCUUCGCAAUCAACUGAAAGUCCAGUGAGUUCCUCUGCAGAAGCAUCCGAAGAAGGGAUGGAGAGACCAAUUGGCAGAAAAGCUGCUAAGAAAUUAAAAAGAUCCAGAAACGAAGCAACAGAUGAUGAAUUUGUUGAAAUUUUUAAAAAGAUGAAAGAAGAAGCGCGUCUCACUGCAAGUUCAAGAAACGAAUCAAUCAAUAACAUCAUCAAGAUGGAGGAGGAAAGGCAAGCACGAGAAAGAGUACAACUAGAAAUUAACAAAGCAAAAGAGGAACGAGAAAAUCAAAUUUAUGAAGCUUCUAUAUUGGCCAUUGACACAACUGUGAUGGAUCCUCAACUUGCUCGAUAUUAUCAAGCUUUGAAAGAUAAGAUUUUAAGUAAGGUUCUGUAACUUAUGUUUUGUGUACUAUGACUGGAUUAUUAAGUUAUGAAUGAACUUUAUUAAGUUGUUGUCU